CUCACUACCAAUAGUAUGGAGAGGGCCGUGAGGGACGCAGAGUUCUUCACAUCACCAGGCAGGAGGCAGAGAACAGUUCAGUCCGGUGCCGGAGAAGUGCCCGGGAGCAGCUGUGUGCACGGAGCUCUACCCUGCUAUUCCACUAUGGCACAGACAGUCACUCUGAAGGGUCCCUCUCCCUGGGGGUUCAGGCUGGUGGGGGGCAAGGACUUCAGCACUCCUCUCACCAUAUCCCGGAUUAAUCCCGGAAGCAAGGCUGCUCUGGCUAACCUAUGCCCAGGGGAUGUUAUUCUGGAAAUCAAUGGGGAGACAACAGAAAACAUGACUCAUCUACAGGCGCAAAACAAGAUUAAAGCUUGUGCAAGCCAUCUGACACUUUCCCUAAACAGGUGUGAGGGGAGGGCCUGGUCACCUACUGAAGAGAUCAGACAGCAGCCUCGCAAAUAUAGCCUGGAGUCAGAGUUACAGGAUAUUUUUCCAACAGAAAGUGCUAACAACAGGCGAUCUGCACCAGUUUCCCCACGAAGCAGUCCAAAUGAUGUCCGACCAGUGCUCAACAUUCAGUACAACAAUCCAUCUAGACUCUACACAACGAACAACAACAAUUCUAUAGAAUCACAUCUUUCUUCACAUAUGGGCAGGAUCAAUAUCUCUUCUCCCCAAAGUGUUGAACCACAAAAAACUGCCCCAAGAAGCCGAAAUGGAAUAGACAUUGAAUCAGAUGUGUACAAAAUGCUACAGGAUUAUGAAGAACCCGUGUCACAGCCUAAGCAGUCUGGAUCAUUCAAAUACUUGCAAGACAUGCUUGAAGCUGGAGAGAAUGGUGAAAAGCUAGAAAGACCGUCCAGCUCCAGGAAUGUCAAGUCUCCUGUGUCUAAGCUGAACAGUCCGCUGACUGGCUUACAGAUGCUUCCAGAGUGCACCAGAUGUGGGAAUGGGAUUGUUGGUACUAUAGUCAAGGCAAGAGACAAGCUUUACCAUCCCGAAUGCUUCAUUUGCGACGACUGCGGCCUCAACCUAAAACAGAGAGGUUAUUUCUUUAUUGAAGAGCAGCUGUACUGCGAAACUCACGCCAAGGAGAGAGUAAAGCCUCCGGAGGGAUAUGAUGUUGUGGCUGUUUAUCCCAAUGCCAAAGUUGAACUUGUUUAACCACUGAAGCAAGCUUUACUUGCUGGAGAGGUCUACAGUCUUACACAGCAAUACUACCAGAGCCCUUCCCACCACAAAUAAAGGUUUUACAUUCCCUUGACAAGACAUCUCCAUUUUAACAUUGUAUCCAAAAAAAAACAAUGCAGAAACACAAUGAAAAUGCUUCAGAAUAUACAUUUACUUUCUGAAUUACACUGAACUUAAUAUCUAUAGGGAGUCAUGUCGGAAAGGUUUCUAA